CGGGAGCGGGCGAGGCCGGCGGGAGCGCGGAGCCCCGGCGCGCCCCCUCCCUCUCUCCGCCGCCGCCGCUCCCGCGCCUCCAUCCGGCUCCGCCGAGCGCUGCCAGCGCGCUCCGUCGCCGCCGCCGCCCGUUAGAGACCCGCUGCAGAGAGGAGAGCGCGACAGCCGGGAGCACGGGAGAGGGAAGGACCCUCCCCCCGGCGCGAACCCUCUUUUUCUUCCUCCUCUUCCUCCUCCCCCGCCUCCGCCUCCGCCUCCCGGCCGGGAAGAGCUCGCCGUGCCCGCAGCAGCCCCGCUGGAUGCACUGAGCGCUCGGGCGCGGGGAGAGGGGCAGGAGGGAGCCGGCAGCCCCGCCGCGGAGGCGCUGCGCUGCCCGGAGGCUCACGGCCAUCUGCUUUAAUUCUUUGAUUCCCCCCCGCCCGCCGGUGGCUGGCUUUGCCCCUGCCUCCUCCUCUGAGCCAGCCCAGGCGGGAGCCAGCCCAGGCGGCGGCGGCGGGGGCUGCUCUUUUUUUUUCCCCUUCUUUUUUUUUUUUAUUUUUUUUUUUUUUAAUAAAUUUUCAUCGCCGCCAUGGGAUGUACCCUGAGCGCCGAGGAAAGAGCCGCCCUGGAGCGGAGCAAGGCCAUCGAGAAGAACCUGAAGGAGGACGGGAUCAGCGCCGCCAAAGACGUGAAACUCCUCCUGCUCGGGGCCGGAGAGUCGGGAAAAAGCACCAUCGUGAAGCAAAUGAAGAUCAUCCACGAGGAUGGCUUCUCUGGAGAAGACGUGAAGCAGUACAAGCCAGUGGUCUACAGCAACACUAUACAGUCACUGGCAGCUAUUGUACGUGCCAUGGAUACCUUGGGCAUCGAAUAUGGUGACAAGGAACGACGGGCUGAUGCCAAGAUGGUCUGCGAUGUCGUAAGUCGGAUGGAGGACACAGAGCCCUUCUCUCCAGAGCUGCUGUCAGCCAUGAUGAGACUCUGGGCAGACUCUGGGAUCCAAGAAUGCUUCAAUCGAUCCCGGGAAUAUCAACUUAAUGACUCGGCCCAAUACUACCUAGACAGCUUAGAUCGAAUCGGAGCUGCAGACUACCAGCCCACGGAGCAGGAUAUCCUCCGAACCAGGGUCAAAACAACUGGCAUCGUAGAAACCCACUUCACGUUCAAAAACCUCCACUUCAGGCUCUUCGAUGUUGGGGGCCAGCGGUCAGAACGCAAGAAGUGGAUUCACUGCUUUGAGGAUGUCACAGCGAUCAUUUUCUGUGUCGCACUGAGUGGCUAUGACCAGGUGCUCCACGAAGAUGAAACCACGAACCGCAUGCACGAAUCACUGAAGCUUUUUGACAGCAUCUGCAACAACAAAUGGUUCACAGAAACAUCUAUCAUCCUCUUUCUAAACAAGAAGGACAUAUUUGAGGAGAAAAUUAAGAAAUCUCCACUGACUAUCUGCUUUCCUGAGUACACAGGCCCCAGCUCUUUCACAGAGGCGGUGGCUUACAUCCAGGCUCAGUACGAGAGCAAGAACAAGUCCCCCAACAAGGAGAUCUACACGCACAUCACCUGCGCCACCGACACCAACAACAUCCAGUUCGUCUUCGACGCCGUCACGGAUGUCAUCAUCGCCAACAACUUACGGGGAUGCGGACUCUACUAACGCAUUCUUCUCCCCUCCUCACACCCGCCUGGGAGCAUCAUCCAGUCCCAUGGACAGGUCCUCUCUCUUUCUUGUUUUUCCUCCUCAGAAGAUGAUGAGGAAGAAAUAAAUCCCUCCUCCUGUCCCAGAAAACUUUGCAGCGAGUUCUGCUUUCCCCAGGCCUGUUUUAUUUUAUUUUAGUUUAUUUUUGGUUCAUUCCCUUGCUGCCUCGUUCUACUCCUCCGUUCCGAUUCACAGCACUGUAGGGGGAGCUACCGCGUUGCCCACAAAGUGCUUUUCAGCUGUCAAAAGGCAAAAAUACAUCAGUUUUUUUAAAAAAAAAAAAAAAAAGAAAAAGAAAAAACUCAAAGCCUUAAAAUACUGGUCAGCAACAGUGUAGUUUGGAACCAAAACUUCUCUUGUCCUUGAAAUUAAGGGAUGUUUUUAAUUCUCCUGGCUAUUUAUCCUCUUUUCGUAAACACUAUUCAUUUGGGAAGUGCUAGGUAGAACAUGAUCACUUUGAGGGUACCUUACGGUUCCAGUUCCUACCCCAGAGCCAGAGGGGUUGGUGUUGAAUGCAACCACCACAGCUUGAAUUUGUUUAUUCUCCUUUUUUUCAGACAGCUAUUUGAACAAGUAAAUCAGCCAGAUUCAGUUCUGCUGGUGUCUGAGUGAGAGGGACACUGUAAAAAAACAUACUAAGCCUUAUCUAAAAGCAUUCAUUACCAGUAACAGUUUUACCUCAAGUUUUUAAAAAUUGAUGUUAAAAUAUGUCUAGUGGUUUCAGUAACCCAUAUCUGAGGCGCUUUGCUGGGCUUGGAUCCCUGGAGCGUAAGCAGCAUGGAUGUCCUGGGGACAGCAUGCUGGUGAGGACCCUGCACAUGGUGACAUCCCAAGGAGGACACCAGCCGGGGGACCCCAGGACCUUUCCCAAAGCACCUCCCAGCCUCAUGAUUUCAGCACAAGCAAUGCUCCUCUGCAAGUAUGUGGCAUCUCUUUCCAGACUUUGGCCCUAAAUUACUUGAAGGUGCACCAAAAAUACUUAGCCCUGGCUUCUUGUGGGUAGAGUUUGACCUUCAAGUACCUAAAAUACAGAGAGGUGUUUUGGGAAACCUCAUGGUGCCUGGGUGACUGCAGGGUGUGCAGAGCCUCGCGGCUCUUUAUCACACCUCAGGCAUGUAAAUACCCUGGAGAAGCCCAACCGCAGGAGCAGGUAGCUUGCCCAUGUCGUCUCCUCCCUGAGCAUCCAGGAGAGACAGCUCCAGGUUUGGUGUCUGCAGUCAGGGCAUCUCUUUACCAAUAUCUAAGACAAGAGGGAUGGUUCAUACUGGACAUGUCAUGGCAAGGGAAGGGUCAGGGAGCUGAUUUGAGCUGCGUGAUGGAGUAGGAAGGAAAAGUGCAGGGAAGAGAGAGAAAGGAGGAAGGAAGGGCAGGGGAAGAGGUGUAGAAAGGGCAAGGGGAGCACCCAGCACAGUGAAACAGGGAGGAGGACAGACGUGGGGAGGGCAGGACAAACACGGCUGGGCUGGGGUACGUGUGGCCAAGACUCGCUGUUGGGUGAAGGCAGAGGGUAGUGUGAGAUUUGGGGUGUCACCUCUGGGUAGGUGGAGGGACCCUUAGAAACCCACCCCGAAAGCUUGUUUGAUGGCUGGGUGAGAUGGCCACCUCUGAGGUCCCAUGGCAUGGCACCUGAGGGCAGGGAAGCUACACUGGUCCCUGCCUCUUCUCUGCCUCUCCAAAACGUCCAUGAUCCUGGAAAUCGUGAGGCUCUCCAGGCUGGCCAAAAGCCCAGCUGUCCUCUCCUGGGAGCCCAGGCUAGGGAUGGCUUUCAGGUCUCAGGAGGUCUGAAUUUUCUCCAGUGCCAUGUCUGAGAGGGACGACACCUCCCUUCUCGCUGUGCCCAUCUGGCAUCAUGUGAGAGCAGCCUGGAGCCCAAGGCAAGAGGGGGCACAGGGUGGAGAGGUCUGUUGGGAGAGGUUUGCUGGGGUCAGAUUGGGGCAGAAGUUUUAGAAGGGAGAUGAGGCAGGUUGAGGCAGCUGGAAGGAAGGGAAGGGCAGCUGUGAGGUGAAGGAAAGCCCCCAGAGGAGGUUGUGUUCUGCUGGGAUAAUGUGGGACAACCAUGACAAAACCCAGACAGGGAUGCAAGUGGGAGCACUGCGGGGCAAACAGGGGAGGCCUGUGGAGGAGAAUAAGGUGGCUUUUGCCCAUCUAACCAGCUCCCAGCCCAGCUUGGGUGGCAGCUGGGUCAGCAACCCCCUAGAUAGCGAUAAAUGAUAGAACUGGAUUUAGUAUUGGACCCUGAAGCUCCACUGCUGCUCUGCAGGAUGCUCACAGCAACAACACGGGGGCUCUGCCUUCCCUGUUCUGACCCAUCUUUGUCUUCUCCAUCUCAGCCUUAAAAUACCUCUGGCAACAUCAGCUCCCACAAAGAGCUGGCCAGCCAGCAAAGCCAGGAGCCCCUCUCUGCUCCUUAAGGCACAUCCCACCCCUAAGUCUUGUUUUCCCAGGUCUCAGCCCUUCUCCCAGCUCCAUUUAAUGCCAACACACCCUACUGUACAACCGUAAACCAAAGUAACACUGACCACAAGGCCUGUGUGUUUAAUUGUAUUUGGUUUAGCUCAGGAUUUUCAGAGUCAGUGGGAAAGGUUUCCAAAUAAAGGAUUUUCAGUGGGAAGCACCUGCCCAGUCCUCUGGUUCCUUGGAAGGGACCAGCCACAUGCCCCAACCCUGAAGGGAUUUAAGUGCAUGUUGAGCUUUAGUCCCUGGAGAUUAAAACCAAGGGAAUGACAGUAAAAUGCCACCAACCUGUUUGUUUUUGCAGAGAGAGAAGUUUGGUGCACAAAUAGGCAAUGAGAAAAAGAAAUAUGCAGGAAUCAGGGCCACCCCUGCCAAACUUCCCCUCCACUCCAAGCUGAGCUUUCUGCUUGCAUCCCCUCUACUGAUCUCAGAGGUCAUUUUAGUCCAAAUUCAGUCCCUUGCUUUGCUUUUCAAGCAAUGCUCAGUGGCAACAGGACGGUGUUUCUGCUACAGAAGGGGCAGGGAAUUAACUAGAGGGAUGCAGAGGAGCAGGGAUGCUCCUGGAGCUCAUCCCAUGCAGGUGGCCAAGUCACAUCACUAACACCCACUAUCCAAAUGUGUGCUGAGUGUCAGAAUAAGGGCUAAAAAGCUGAGUGUUGGUUACGUUUGGCACAUAAAGCAUACGUAACAACCAGACCCAAAGUGAAGCACCAGAGCUGCGUGUAGUGGUGAGGUCAUGACUUGGAUUAGCAGUGAGGCAGGUCUUUAGGAAGCUAUUCUAGAAGGAUUUGAUCAGCAGCACUAGAAGUUUGGAGGUUUUCUGUUCCCACCCCUUGCUCUGGGUGACAUUUUAUCCAAGCAAACAAGUAACAGAAGCUGCUCCCAGUGAAGGUAGCACCAAGCCAAGGCUACAGGAGUUCCCAGCGUAAAGCACACAGGAAAAUGUUGGUGAAGACAAUUUAAAUUAACUCCAAACUCUACCAAAUGCAGCCAGGUCACCAGUGUCAGGUCGGUGCAGUCCAUCCACCACACUAGAUUCAGGAGGCAACCCGUGCCUGGCUGUGAGAUCCAAACCCCUCCUGCCCCAGCCCUUCCAAAGCUCUUGCUGGUUCCCUAGCACGGUGGUGAUGAUCCACGGCUGGUGGUCCACAGGGAGAAAAGGGAGAAAAAGAGGGGGAAAUGUUGACAGGCAGUGCCUUUUCUUUCAUUUUCUUUGGCAUAUUGUAUGUCUAACGCUUCAUUUCAGCUGCUACUGCUGACAUUCCCUCCCUCACACGGGUGUCGUGAGGAUUCACUGACAAAGGCUGAAAACAGCGUUUGGAAGAUGAAAUGCUUCCAGUAUUAAACACUAUUAUUUCUCCCGCUUGAUGGCCUUGUAUAGAUUUUUGUCUCCAGAACGCCUGCCAAAGCAUUACUCACUGCUGGCUUUCUGCAUCCUCCCAAGCCUUUUCUGACAGAUGUGCCUUCUGCAGGCAAUCUUUUGCCCCGCGCUUUUUCCAAACUCCAGCAAUCCCUACACCAAUUACCUAGAAGGAUCUUGAAAUGCAUCCCCUGCUUUCAAAAGCCCUCCUCUGAAUAGUCCCUUGUGCUUUGCAAUCACAACACUCCAAAUCCAGACCCUUAGAGGCCCCGAGUUGUAUUGAAUUUGCCGUCUCCCCAUAGUAGGGAUGUUGCAACUGGUAGAGAUGCAAUAGAAAUCAUACCGGGGCAUGGGGGACAUGUUUUAAAAGCACAGUGAUUCACAAAAUUGAAACACAUACACCCUGCUGCCCUUCAAACCUAACAUGAAAAUUGGCAAAAGAUGCGCUUUUUGGGGUGCGGGAGCUUUUUCAUGAUUCAGGUUACUUGUCCAGCAGCAGCAUCCAAGGGGUGUUAUAUUGAAAGCAGCAUUAGCAACUCUCAAUGAGCUUCAGGCAGCAGCAAAAAUAAAGAAGGGAGCCCUCAUUGACAAUGAGAGGGUCAGGGGUGCGGAGCUGUGAGACAAAAAUGCAAAUAGUUCCUUUAUUUAAACAGCAAUGUCAAUGAAAUAGAGAAACCUGUAGAAGGAAAACCUUGAAAUGACUCUGUAGAUGAGGCUGCAGAGCACUGUGCUCCUUGGGAGGAUGCAGGAGCUGGGCUUGUUAGGAGAGCAAGCAAUAAACACACACGAGGAAAGCACACAUUAAAAUAUUAGUACAGCCACCUAUUUCAAAGGCCAGUUUUGUCUUUAGCAAAUAGAGUUCACACUCUCGUUUUCACAGGCGGCCACAGGAGCCCAGGCGAGCGGCAGGGUAGCGGGACCAUCUGUCCCCUCCGUCUGCCAGCCCCGGGCUGUCCCUGCUGCCCUGCCCUCCCGACGAGCCCAAGCCAGGUCUCGCGAGGGGUCUGUCAGGCUCCCACCGCCCUCCCAGAAAUUCUUCCUCCUAAAGAGUGUUGUACAAGAAUUAGCUUCUUGCCUUCAGCCAGCUUUCCUGGCCAGUCUGUCCCUCUACAGAGCGGAGAGCAUCCUCAGGAAGAGGCUGCCGUGCCUCCUCAGUAAAUGUGAUUUUGUUUUACAGGACACCAGACAUAUUAAUGAGAGCAGUCAAUACUGUAAUGUACAUUAAAAUGUAACUGGUGGGUUUAAUCUGUUGUGGCAUAAGCCAAAUGCUUGACUGCAAGGGAACAGACUUUGUUCUCAAGCCGAGAAUGCCAUCUCCAGGAGGUCAGGGUGGGACACCAAUAUAUCCUUUUGCCAAAACAUCCCCAUGAACCCCGUUGCUGCUGUGUAAAGCAUCAGGCAGCCCUCACUGUGCUGUUCCACAAGGCACCAGGUUCAGUUGGGGGUGCCAGACAUCCCCCUCAUGGAUUGCACAGCUGAUGCUGUAAAAGGGACCAACCCUGCACUGUCGCCUGUGUGAUGUGCCCGAGUAUUUUGUGGCCAAAAACUCUCCAGCUGUAGCCAGGGAGACAUUUGUUGUUAAGUUCCUGGGAUCAAGGCUGACCAUUUGUCAAGUCGAUUAGUGAAGCUUAGUACUAGUGUGUUUGUGUCUUUGUCGUGGGCCAGGUUUGUCUUUACAACUAAAAACUCCACAACCAUUUCCAAGGAGACUGGAACACUCACUGAUGAUCUGACGCUGGGCGCGUCACGGUCAGUAGGGAAGGUGCUACUGAGCAUCAUCCCCAACCACCCAAACCCCUCACACACCAGCAUCCCUGACACACACCCCAGAAAGCAGAGACGUCUGAGUGGCACUAAGGAGCGGAUCUCAGUCCUGCCUCCAUCUCCUGGAGGAACCAGCAGACAGAAAGACUCUCCCAAAGCGCCCCGAGACUUGAGCGUAUGUUGUAAUUUCUGAGCUCCUGCAAUGACAUGAGAUAACUGGUGCUGACAGAUAUAGGUACAUGACCUAUAUGAGAUGUUACACGGAGAAUGUGGCUAUGGAAAGGGGCUUCUCGCAGGACUGCCUGUGUCUGAACCAGCCGCCUGCGAGAGCUUUAUUUGUGCUGCCCAGGCUGGCGAGCAAACAUGAGCAAGUACUGCUCGGAAACAUUGAGGUGUUAAUAAGAGGGGGAGAACCAAAGCCUGACAGCCGGCACCCCCCAGGGGAAGGAAAGGGCAGGGAGCCAGGAUGGAGACAAGGCAGAAAAAGCCCAUUUCCAUCUCCCGAGAGAGCAGCUCAGCCCUCCCAGGCACUGUGAGCAGCAGAGAUGGGAGCAGAGACGGGAAGGAGGUGGAGGGCUGGGAGGCGGACUGAUGCUCGCUGUCUCAGCCCCUCUCCCACCCAGCGCCUUGGAGAUUAGUCUUGAGACCAAAUCCUGACUGUCCUGUAGUGCAGGCAAGUGGCUCUGGGUCUAACUCCCCUGCUCCAGGUGGGUAGAGGAGAUCAUAGUGGGUAACAACAGGAUUUGCAGCAUUGCUGGAAUCUCACCAGCUUUUCCAGUGCAGGAACAACCCAGCACCACCAGACGAGCAAAUAAGGUUGUUUAAAGACCAGCUGUUGCUCCAUUAAAUAGCCCAGUCCCUAAUUUAACAUCCUCACCCCUUUCCCCCCCACCUCCCUUACCCCCCUUUCAGCUCAACAAGGGAACGGUGACCAUCACCCGCCUCUGGGCUCCCCACCCCCACCACAGCUCUUCCCCACGGAUCACCAGAGGCCGCCACGAAUUUCUUUUUGCCGAUUUCCCGCUGAAUCAUUUUCUCCUGCAUGUUUGAUGGCCCAAACUGUAUUAACUGUAAUUUUGUACGAAGAGUGACUGUCCACCGGUUUAAUAGAGCAUUAGUUAUUGUAAUAAUUUAUUGGCUGUCGGUAAUGUAUUUAUUAGUUACAAAAUGUUAAUAAAGUGCCAGCUCUUUUCUAGUGUGA